GCACGGCAACGACAAGGAGAGGAGUUGUCUGGGGAUGAAGACGCUGCUGUUAUUAAAGAUGUAAAAAGACGGAAGCGAACCAAUCCAUUCGAGCAAUCGACAUUGAAAUCCUCAAGAGCUGCCAAUGCAGGAGAAUCCACAUCAAGCGACGAUUCAGAGGAGGGCAGUGGAACAGCUGAGGCAGAACAUUCCUUCGCUGCUAGUGGAAGCGCAGCUCCUCUAGGCCCAAGCGAUCAAGGAGCCACUGCAACGCUUGAAAUUGACACUGAUUACGCGGCGGAUGCACAGGCGCAGUUCGAGAGGGUUCAGCAACAACUUAAGGAAGGUCUUGAUGGGAAAACGAUUUACAAGGGACAAGCGAUGUACGGUGCGAAAGAAGCCAAGGACACCGUCAUAGGGAAUGCUAGCAGUGGAUUGAAUCGGAUUGGCCCCAUACGUGCACCUCAAUUUCUUCGACAAACGGUUCGCUGGGACUAUGCACCCGACAUUUGUAAGGAUUAUAAAGAAACUGGCUUCUGUACCUUUGGAGACUCGUGUAAGUUUCUUCAUGACCGCUCCGAUUACAAGCACGGAUGGGAGAUUGAACGCGAUUAUGCCUCAGGAAAACUGAACAAGGUCGAUGAAACCAACUACGAAAUCAACGAAGAUGAAGAUGAAUUUCCUGAAGAUUGUUAUAUUUGUGGAAAGCCGUUUGUCUCUCCUGUGGUGACGAGGUGUAAACAUUAUUUCUGCGAAACCUGUGCGUUGAAUGCAUUCAGGAAAAACAAACGUUGUGCAGUUUGUGGUGAAAAUACUGGAGGAGUGUUCAACAUCGCGAAAGAUCUCAUUGCAAAACUGUCUGGGAAAGCGAAAGAGAAAAGGAGAAAGGAAGAGUCGGAUUCUGACCUUGGUGAAGAAGAAGAAGAGAAACCUUCGUGUAGUCAUAAGAUAAAGGAAGAAGUGGAAACAGCGGAGGACCAUAAUUGCGAAGUUAAACAAGAAAUUCAAGAAGAAAACGACGCAGGCGAAAACGAGGAAGGCAGUGGUGAUGAACAUGAAGAGGAAGAACAGAACGAUGAGAACGAUGUUCAGGAAAGCACAGAAAUAAAAAUGGAAGAGAUUGAACAAGAUGAUGCAGAGGUAGAGGAAGAUGAAGCAGAAGAUGAGGAGCAAUCUGACAGUAACGACGAGGACCCACGAACAUGA